UGGUCAGGGCGGGUCACCGGCAACAUAUAUAAUCCUCUCACACAGUUAUAGAGGUACUAGAGCUGCGCUUUUCAACAUGAUGGCUGUUUGGGUGAAUGCUGGGGCUUUGCUCCUUGUUAUGCUGACUGGAGUGACUUACGGCUACCCUGCAAAGCGAGGUUUUGAUCCCAGCUCCUCCUCCAGCGGUGGUUAUGGGGCAUACCCUGCUUCUGCCGGUUCUACCUCAGGUGUGCUGUACGCUCCUGCAGCUUCUGGCUCUGGGGCUGCAUCUAAAGGUGCCACAUAUCCAGCUAGCUAUCCAUCUGGAGGACCUAGUUACCCUCAGCCCAGUGUCGAGAGACAACCAAGUGCAUCUUCCUACAGCUCUAACUCUUACGCUGCUGCACCUGUAGCUUCAGAAUAUGCUAGCGGCUCAUCUGCAGCUAGUUACCCUCAGCCAAGUGUCCGGAGACAACCAGCUUCAUCCUCCUACAGCUCCAACGCUUAUGCUGCUGUGCCUGUAGCUUCAGGAUAUGCUGGCCCCUCAUUUGUAGGCUCAACAGGCCCAAGCUACGCUCAACCCACCUUUUCCCAAGAUGUCAACUGGGCCAUGGCUCCACCCAGUCCUCUAUCUGGCGACGGCGCUUCCUCAAGACCUAGUGCUAGCGGGUUUUCUGGCCCUAGCAACGUGAGUCCACCUCGCCCUCCAAGCCCUCCACAGUUCCAGGGAGGUGAGUUGAACAAAUAUUCACAGAUCUCCGAGUAUGGCGACUCAGAAUCUGAGACGGAAGAACAAGGCUUCCUACCAGCACCACCACUGCCUCAUGGUGCCCCAGCUUUGAGCGGAGAAGACUCAUCCGGCGACGUCCAGCCAUCAGGCCCAGACACCCGCUUGGCUCAGUCUUUUUAUCCUCAUCCCUAUCCUUAUGACUACCUGUUCCUGACUGGCCAGUAUCCUCCAGGCACGAUCACUCACUCCAGCAGCAGCUUUGAACAGGGGGCAGACGGCUAUCAAGACACUCACUACAUAAGGUACUACUAUCCUGCCAGCACUGGUAUUGAGCAGGUCAAGAUGUCUCCACCUGCUUUUGAGGUCCAGCAGCCCAGCCAACCUGUGAAGAAAAGUGUUGGACGCACUAGCUACAAUCCGAGUGGUGCAGCGACUGGAUACAACCGGCGCUAUGGCACUUCUAAGGGUAACUAGGGAAGCCAUGCAGACUUGAUCUCUAGAAAAACAAUAAAAUCUUAACCACAUGUG